UGCGUAUUUAUUUUCUUCUAAUUAUUGUCAAUGACGCUAUUGUCUCCGAUACCUUCCGUGGGAAGGAUUUAGUACUGAGCCUAAAUUUCAGCACAUUCAUUUCGCCCCGAAUUUGAAUUAUAUUUUCAGUGAUGAGUAUGUAUGCACGGUGGAGUUAUUUCAAACGGCUUUCCUUAAAAGUAUGGAUUUUCUUCUUAAGCCUCGCAGUGUUGGAAACGCUAUGCAUUCCUAGUAACGAAGUGAACUUGCUGGACUCGCGCUCUGUAAUGGGUGACCUAGGAUGGAUAGCCUACCCGAAGAACGGGUGGGAAGAAAUUGGAGAGGUAGAUGAAAACUAUGCCCCAAUUCACACCUAUCAGGUGUGCAGGGUGAUGGAACACAACCAGAACAACUGGCUGCAGACCAACUGGAUCCUAAACGAAGGUGCCCAGAGGGUGUUUGUGGAGCUCAAGUUCACUCUGAGGGACUGCAAUAGCCUGCCUGGCGGCCUGGGCACCUGCAAGGAGACUUUCAACGUGUUCUACUAUGAGUCCAAUGACGAGGACAACAGGAACAUCCGUGAGAGCCAAUAUACUAAAAUUGACACCAUCGCAGCAGAUGAGAGCUUCACGGAGCUUGAUCUUGGAGACAGGGUCAUGAAGCUGAACACGGAAGUGAGGGAUGUGGGGCCGCUCACAAAGAAAGGCUUCUACCUGGCCUUCCAAGACCUGGGUGCCUGUAUUGCUCUUGUGUCCGUUCGCGUCUUCUACAAGAAAUGCCCCCACGUGGUGAAGAACUUGGCCUUCUUCCCGGAUACUAUAACUGGAUCGGAUUCCUCGCAGCUCCUGGAGGUGCCGGGGACCUGCGUCAACAACUCGGUGGCUGAGGAGCCACCCAGAAUGCACUGCAGCGCAGAAGGGGAGUGGCUGGUGCCCAUUGGGAGGUGCAUGUGUAAGGCGGGCCAUGAGGAAGUUAACGGGUCCUGUCAAGUCUGUAAUCCAGGAUUCUACAGAUCUGCUCUGCAGACCAGAGCAUGUAGUAAGUGUCCUCCACACAGCUUUACCAGAACCGAGGCUUCCACCUCCUGUCAGUGUGAGCAGGGUUACUACAGGAAGGACACGGACCCAACCAACAUGGCCUGCACAAAGCCACCUUCAUCCCCACGGAACGCCAUCUCCAAUGUGAAUGAGACGAGUGUGUUCCUGGAAUGGGCCCCACCCGAGGAGACUGGUGGCCGCAAGGAUGUGACCUACAGUGUGGUGUGCAGGAAGGCUGGCGCCGACCUGGCCCACCAUGAGCCCUGCGGUGGACACGUCCGCUACCUGCCCCAGCGCACGGGUCUGUGCAAUGCCUCCGUCAUGGUGGUGGACCUGCUGGCCCACACCAACUACACCUUUGAGGUGGAGGCAGUGAAUGGUGUAUCUGAGCUCGCCAAGCCGCUGCGCCAGUACGUGUCCUUGAAUGUGACGACAAACCAGGCGGCGCCAUCUCCGAUCACAGUGGUGAAGAAAGGGAAAACAGCGAAAAACAGCAUCUCCUUGUCCUGGCAACAACCAGACCGCCCCAACGGCAUCAUCCUGGAGUAUGAGAUCAAGUAUUUUGAAAAGGAUCAGGAGACUAGUUAUACCAUCAUCAAGUCAAAGGAGACAGAGAUUGUGGCAGAUGGGCUGAAGCCAUCCUCAGCCUAUGUCUUUCAGAUCAGAGCACGCACCUCUGCAGGCUAUGGCAGUUUCAGUCGCCGCUUUGAGUUCGAUACCAGCCCUUACCUGUCAGCCUCCAGAGAGCAAGGUCAGGUGCCCGUCAUCGCCGUGGCAGUGACUGUGGGCAUCAUCCUGUUAGCGCUGGUCACUGGUUUCCUGCUCAGUGGCAGGCACUGCGGCUACAGCAAAGCAAAGCAGGAUCCCGAGGAAGAGAAGAUGCAUUUCCACAAUGGCCACAUUAAAUUCCCAGGGGUGCGUACAUAUAUUGAUCCUCACACCUAUGAAGAUCCCAACCAAGCUGUCCACGAGUUUGCCAAGGAGAUUGAUGUCUCCUGCAUCACAAUAGAGCGUGUGAUAGGAGCUGGUGAGUUUGGCGAGGUAUGCAGUGGCCCGCUCAAGUUGCCAGGGAAGAGAGAGAUCCCCGUGGCCAUCAAAACCCUGAAAGCAGGCUACACGGAAAAACAGCGCAGAGACUUCCUGGCUGAGGCUAGCAUCAUGGGCCAGUUCGAUCACCCCAACAUCAUCCAUCUGGAAGGCGUGGUCACUAAGAGCAAACCAGUGAUGAUCAUAACUGAGUACAUGGAGAACGGCUCUCUCGACACCUUCUUAAAGAGGAACGACGGGCAGUUCACAGUGAUCCAGCUGGUGGGCAUGUUGCGGGGCAUCGCCUCAGGCAUGCGUUACCUCUCCGACAUGGGCUACGUGCACCGCGAUCUGGCCGCUCGCAACAUCCUGGUCAACAGCAACCUGGUGUGUAAGGUGUCCGACUUUGGCCUGUCGCGAGUGCUGGAGGAUGACCCAGAGGCAGUCUACACCACACGCGGAGGGAAGAUUCCCAUCAGGUGGACAGCCCCGGAGGCCAUUGCUUACAGGAAGUUCACCUCAGCCAGUGACGUGUGGAGCUAUGGCAUCGUCAUGUGGGAGGUGAUGUCAUAUGGCGAAAGACCUUACUGGGAGAUGAGCAAUCAAGAUGUGAUAAAGGCUGUCGAGGAGAGCUAUCGGCUGCCAGGACCCAUGGACUGUCCUACAGCCCUAUACCACCUUAUGAUGGACUGCUGGCAGAAGGACAGGAACAGCCGCCCCAAGUUUGAUGAGAUUGUAAGCUUACUGGACAAGCUUAUCCGUAACCCGAGUAGUCUGAAAAGCGUGGUCAACCCGUCCAACAGGGUGUCCAAUUUAUUAGUGGAGCAUGGCAGCACAGAAUUCUGUUCGUUCAGCUCUGUAGGGGAAUGGUUAGAUGCCAUAAAAAUGGGUCGAUACACCGAGCUUUUCAUGGAAAGGGGAUACACUUCACAGGAUGUAGUCUCUCAAAUGACCUUGGAUGAUCUGAGGAGGGUUGGAGUCACUCUGGCUGGGCACCAGAAAAAGAUCCUCAGUAGCAUCCAAGAGAUGCGAGUCCAGAUGAUGAAUGCCACCAUACCUGUCUAAAGCUGCCCUCAGACGUCCCAGCCUACAGUAGUAGCCUAGCACUUUUUACCAUGGACUCUUAUUUAUUGUAUGGAACUAUUGAACUAUUUAAGGGGGAAUUAUUUGAUAUUCAUGGGUAAGGAAAUGGCAGGAACUCACUGACAGGACAAGGAGUUCUCACAGACAUGGACAGUUUUGGUAUUUCACAGGCCAAGUUGGAUGUGGUAGAAGUGAAACAUUUUGGGGGCCUGGGGAGUGGGGAUGUGGCGCUUCUCCAGGUAGGACCAUUGACCAGGUGUCAGGAGUCCCAGAACUGAUUGUACAGUGCUUUUUCAAAACCUCAUGCAACAAUACAAUUACCUCCAGAAUGCAGAACCUACAGUCUUACACUGACAGAUGUCAUUCCACACAGGAUCACUCAAACCUUAGGGCAUGCAGUAAGAUUUAAACCAUAUCAAUUGAAGGAAGAAGCGGCUGUGUAUUACAAAGCAAUAUUAGAUGUCAAGCUCUUUUUGUUUAUUUGGGUUUUUUGUUUUUGUUUUUUAUUCGUUUUGGCCUUUUUAUUUGUUUGUUUUAUAAUUUUGUGAGGAUUUGUUGUUUAUUUUUAGGUUUUAGGAUUUUUUUUUUUUUUUUAAAGCAAUGAAUACAUAUGUACAGAUUUUCCUUUUGUACAACAUAUGUGUCUAAAGCCCGGGAAAAUACAUAUAAAGUAUUACACUUCAAGGACUAGACUGUAUUUGAUUUCAGCCAUUAAAAUUGUCUUUGUAAAUAGUGUAUAGUUAGAUAAUGUAAAGGGAAAAUUCAUCCAUGUUCAUAUUCUUAGCUGGAGUACAUAGCUGUAAAACAUUAGUAAAAAGAUGGGCUUACAUAUUUUGUACAGUUCAUUAAUAUUCAAUGCUUCAAAUGUUUUUCAAUAACUCAUCAGUUACAGCUGAUCGUUUUACUGUACCUGAUGUGUGAAUUCUAAAAGUGACUUUGUGCUAUGUUGAUACUUUUAGUUUCUUAUUUAUUUAAUUUUACCCAAAAGGUUACCUGGCAUAUAUAUUUUUAGUCAAGGGCUCGAGGGCACAACUUUGUGCAGUCAUCAAUUUUACAACAUUAGAUCUCAGUAGCUUAUAGAAUAAAAUCUCCCUGAAUGUGGAAAUACCUGAAGAGUACUUUGCAAUGGCCUGUCCUGAUUUAAGUAUUUCAUCCUGGUAAAACCACACAGACAUACCAUAAGUUUCAAUUAAAUAUUUUUAAUUAGUAGAUCAUAUUUACAAGUCUGACAUUGAACAAUCAGAGUUUUUAAUUGAAAAUUGAUUUUUCUAAAGAUAAUAUAUUCACAGAGUAAAUGUAAAGAUUUCAAAACUAGUACUGACCGACACAUCUCUGAGCAGCGUGUGUGCAGCUCAGGUUUCUGAAACAGCUAAUACAGCUAAUCAAACCAGUGAAGUCUUCUGGGGUCAAAUGACUGUGCAGCCUAUAAAUAUAAAUGUACAUUUUAAUAACUAUAAACCAUUUACUAAGCAAAUGAUAUAUUGGGUUACCAUCAGUUAACACAAGUAAUGACAAAAUGCUAAAACUAGAAAAAACUUACAGUAUAUACUUACAUCCAGCAUGCCAAAAAGAAAACCAGAAUUAUUACUGUUUUUGUCCAAGUUGCACCUUAUACCCAAUACCUUGUGAUACAUUACUUGUUUUUGAAUCAUGCAAGCUGAUACCUACAUUGUAUCAUCAUGUGUUCACAUGCAGCAUAGGUUACUUGUAAUUACACAUGGUGCUUGCCUGCACAGUCUAAUUGUUGAUUACUCAUUUACAUGCUGUAACAAUAUGCUUCAUAAUUAAGAUGGAAGUGAAGAACACAAUGAAACCACUAUGAAGCUGUUAGUGACGUUUGAUAUUGUCUUUACCGUUUUUUCUGUUAUGAACACCUUAGCCAACUUGUGUGAUGACGCUUAAUUUAUUUGUAUUGAGCGUCCUGUUGUGAAACAGCAACAUCUGUUUUCUGCUGAAUGUUUUUUGAGAUUUUAAAUGGUAUUUUUACAAAUAUGUGUUCAUUUCAACCAAUUGUUGCCAAUUUGUUUUAUCAAAUGGGCCAAGGACAAAUUGUGGACAUUUCAGUUUAAACAAGUGAAUUUUAAUUUGAAUAAAAACUUAGACCAUUUUUCGUUCACAAAUUUAACAUUAACAUAGUUCUAAUUAGGAAUCAUAGUCAUAGCACAAUAAAAAUAGAAAACUGACACAUGCACUUUUAGAAUUAUUUUAGCUUUGCAAUUUGCAUUCCUGAAAGAAAAGCAGACAUUUUUGCUUCAAGAGCACUACAGAAAUAAUUAGUCCUAUGAAAAUUAAACAUGCACCUUACACAUACACUCCCACUUAUACACACUCAACAAUAGCUCUUACAAGAACAAAAUGUUUUCUUAUUAGCCUUUAUCAUGCUCAACUAAUGUUUUAAAGUUUGAAUAACUUUGCUUCAGAGCUGGUUUGUGAAUUCAGGUAAGCAGCAUAUGAUUCAUAGCAGAGGGCUUCAGGCAUACACUUACUCUAGGCAUUAACAGUGCACUAGUUAAAGGAUUCUCUUACAUUUAAAAAUGAGCAUAAACAAGAUUUUAGAAUAUCAUAGGCAGUACAGAUUGCACUAAAUUGCAUAUUUGUCAAUAAGUUAUCACUGUUUACAGCAGGGGAUAUUACUAAUGCAAUAUCAAUGCAGAAUUUAAUUACAGCAUAAGAGGAACAGAGUUGAUCUUUUUAUGAUUGCUUUUAAGUGCAGACAGUUAGGCCUUUUUAGUAUCCCCUUUUUAGGACCAAGCCAACCAAAUUCCUCCUAUCAGCUGAUCAUUAAUCCUGAUAUGCUGAAUCAGGUGAAGGCCAGGGCUCAAACCAACAAAAAAGUAGGUCUUAAAAAAAUAUGUCAGGUCUCCUGGGACUUCACUAGGAAGCGCUGAAGUGUAUACACAGCAGAUACACAGUUUGCAGAUCUUCCUUGACAUGGAACACAUACCAUGAAACCACUCUUAAUGCACACCUGUAUGCAUGGUGUUGAGGUGUAGUGUGGUAAAAAGCAUUUUCUGAGCAUAAAUAUGGUUUUGAAUCUCAUAAACCACAACUUUAAUGAAUAUGAUAGGAUCAUCCUUGUUCCAAUAAGAAAAAAAGUUAAAAGCACAGAAAAAUAGCUGUUGUGAAGAUUGCCUACUCCCUUUUACUGUAAGUGUGCUUUGUUUGUGUAAA